AUGGUGGAGUUUGCGCCCUUGCACGUGUCAUGGGAGCGCAGGCUGCAGACCCUCUCUGUCCUGCAGUGGGUCUUCUGCUUCUUGGCCUUGGCUCAGAUCUGCACUGUGGUCUUCAUAGGCCUCCUGUUCACCAGAUUCUGGUUAUUCAGUGUCCUGUAUGCAACCUGGUGGUACCUGGACCGAGAGAAGCCAUGGAAGGGUGGCAGGCGGGUCUGGGCCAUAAGACACUCUGUCGUAUGGAAGUACAUGAAGGACUAUUUCCCUGUCUCGCUGGUCAAGACUGCUGAGCUGGACCCCUCCCGGAACUACCUUGCUGCCAUCCAUCCCCACGGGGUCCUGGCCGCUGGAAUCUUUGUCAACAUGUGCACUGAGGGCACAGGCUUCUCUGAGCUUUUCCCUGGCAUCCGCCCCCACCUGAUGAUGCUGACCCUGUGGUUCCGGUUCCCCUUCUUCAGGGAUUACAUCAUGUCUGGGGGGCUGGUCACAUCAGACAAGGAGAGCGCUGCUCACAUUCUGAACAGGAAGGAUGGCGGCAACCUGUUGGGCAUCAUUGUUGGGGGUGCCCAGGAGGCACUGAACGCCAGGCCGGGGGCCUACAAGAUGUUGCUGCGGAACCGCAAGGGCUUCAUCAGGCUUGCGCUGAUGCACGGGGUGCCUCUGGUGCCAGUCUUCUCCUUUGGGGAGAAUGACCUAUUUGACCAAGUUGAGAACUCUCCUGGUUCCUGGUUGCGCUGGAUCCAGAACCGGCUGCAGAAGAUCAUGGGUGUGUCCCUCCCGCUCUUCCACGGUCGUGGCAUUUUCCAGUACAGCUUUGGUCUUUUACCCUACCGCCGUCCCAUCACCACUGUGGUGGGGAAGCCCAUCGAGGUGCAGCAGAGAUCGCAACCCUCGCAAGAGGAGGUGGAUAAGCUCCACCAGCACUACAUCGAUGAGCUGUGCAACCUCUUUGAAGCCCACAAGCUCAAGUACAACGUCCCCGAGGACCAACACUUGGAGUUCUGCUGA